CUGACAUUUGCCUUUUUGCGGAAGCGAGCUCACUCACGCAAUUCAAAAAAUAUCGCGUAACUAUUUCAAAGAAAUAAAUUAUGGCUACUUUACAUGAAGCUUUGAAGCCUAUUUCUUGGCUGGCUGGACGCUGGUCUACCGAGGAAGGUCGGGGCACGUAUCCGAACAUACCAGACUUUCAAUAUCAUGAAGAAUUGGAAUUUAUUUGCGUCGGGCAACCGAUGUUCAACUAUGUAUCCAAAUCGACGCAUCCAGAAAAAAAAACUCCAAUGCAUCAGGAAAGAGGUUUUUUACGCAUUAUGCCAGGCACAAACAAGCUAGCCUUCAUGGUUAGCCACAACUUUGGCCUAACUUCUCUCGAAGAAGGUGAAAACGAUGAAGAAUCUAAGCAAAUAGUCUUAGAAACUGUCAGCCUGUCUCGAAUGUCAUUUGCUAAGCCUCCCGCUGUGAAAAAAAUAAAGAGGAACAUCAAAUUGGUGGCCCCUGAUACUUUAGAAGUAGUAUUGUUUAUGGAAACUGAUAAUACUCCGUUGACAGAACAUUUAAAGGCAGUUUAUAAAAAAGUUGAUGGUUAGGGAGAUUAUAUAAGAUGUACAUCUUUAAAAUU